AUGGCAAGAUCGAUUGCAUUGUUCUUGCUAUCACUCUGCAUCACUUCCGCCCUCGCGGUACCCGCACAGCGACUCUCCCUUCGACAAUCUCCCAAUCCGCCACAAGACAUCCAGUCACCACUACUCUUCUGCCCGGCUUCCUCAUGGCCGCAGGCAGAUAUAGGGUCACUCAUUGAACCCCAAGUGCCCGAUUCGGAACUACAAGAUAUUCUCUCCCAAGUAUCGCCUGCAAACAUAGAAGCCACGAUCCUGAAACUCGUGUCCUUUGGCACGCGACAUACACUUUCCACGCAGACGGAUCCCAAUCGUGGAAUCGGUGCGGCUCGGGAUUGGAUCGCCAGUGAGUUCCGCAAGUAUGCUGAGGCGAGUGAUGGAUUCAUGACCGUCGAGGUGCCUGGAUAUGUGCAGCAACCUGAUGGCGAUCGGGUCACUUUUCCUAUCCUCCUCAGUGAUGUUGUAGCCACGUUAAAGGGGAGUGAGGAUCCCGAGAGGAUUUAUGUCGUUAGUGGUCAUUAUGAUACCAGGUGCUUGGAUCCGAUGGAUUAUGAGUGCGAUGCGCCUGGGGCGGACGACGAUGCAUCUGGAGUUUCAAUCUCCCUUGAAUUAGCUCGCAUCAUGGCAACCCACCGACCAAAAGCGACCAUUGUUUUCGUUGCUGUCGCAGGCGAGGAGCAGGGCUUGUAUGGCUCCCAAUUCCUUGCGCAAACAUACAAGAACAACAGCGUCAACGUGGCGGGCAUGUUCACCAAUGAUAUUGUUGGCUCCUCCACGGGAGAUGAUGGGACAAAGGACCCUCAUACCAUUCGGUUGUUCGCGCAAGGACCACCUCUUACGGAGAACAGUACUCAACGAGCAACACGGUUGAAUGUGGGAGGUGAAAAUGAUUCCCCGUCCCGAGAACUGGGAAGAUUCGUCCAUGAGGUAGCCGCAAAUGAGUACACGGAGAUGAACGUAAGCCUUAUCUAUCGACUAGAUCGAUACUUGCGCGGAGGUGACCAUCGACCAUUCCUCGAAGCUGGAUAUGCAGCAGCACGCUUCACCGAGCCGAUGGAGGACUUCAAACACCAGCAUCAGGACGUGGUCGUGAAGGAUGGGGUUCAGUAUGGCGAUCUACCGGAAUUCUGCGACUUUGAUUUCAUCUCGAGGGUAGCCAAGGUCAAUGGCGCAGCACUUUGGAGUUUGGCCAAUGCCCCUGGACAACCAACGAAUGUGUAUGUGAACACCACCGCACUGGACAAUAACAGUCAAUUUGUUUGGCAGCCACCCAUCGGAGGUGGAAUUGGUGUAACUGGGUAUGAAAUCGUCUGGAGACCCACGACUGCUGCGUUUUGGACGCAUGCUAUCGAUGUUGGGGACGUCCUCACGGCCAAGAUUGAUCUGAGUAAGGACAAUGUCGUUUUCGGCAUCAGAAGCGUCGGGGCAGGAGGGUAUAAGAGUCCAGCUGUCUUCCCUUUCCCACUUGCAUCAAGCUCUUAG